UAUAAAAGGAGCUGAACUCUCUCCACACACUCACUCACAAUCAGAAACUCUGCAGCUGCCAGCGAGCACAGCUCCUCAGACUUGUUUGACUGAAAAAGGGGAAAACUGAGCCGGGAGCGACUGCUGAGCUUCGACCUGCAGACCCUGUGGAGUUACUGAGGAACAGAAUCGAGCCUGACUUGCGUCCAGCUUGACACUCUGCUGCUGCCCUCACCUACGGCCACAGACCACCUCAAGCCUCUUAACCAGUUGCUGCCAUGUCCAGACUGCUUCCCAUCGCCCUGCUGAUGCUGGCCACCCAACAGGCCGCCUCCCUCUUCCUGCCCGACUCACCAGAGCUGAGGCGACUGCUAAGCCGCUAUGAAGAUGAGCUCGAGCCCAACAACACAGCCUCGGCCUCGCGUGUCCGCAGGGCCAUCCAGUGGUCAGACCGAGAGGAGAUCCUCGUUCUCCACAACAAGCUGAGAGGAGGUGUCUACCCCACCGCCUCUAACAUGGAGUACAUGGUAUGGGAUGAUGAACUGGAGCGUUCAGCCACACACUGGGCCGAACAGUGUCAGUGGGAGCACGGGCCGCAGGACCUGCUCAUGUCCAUUGGCCAGAACCUUGCAGUGCACUGGGGCAGGUACCGUUCUCCUGCGUACCAUGUCCAGGCCUGGUACGACGAGGUGAAGGACUACACCUACCCUUACCCCCACGAGUGCAACCCCUGGUGCCCCGAACGCUGCUCUGGACCCAUGUGCACGCACUACACCCAGUUGGUGUGGGCCACCACCAGUCGUGUGGGUUGUGCUGUACACAUAUGCCCACGCAUGAACGUGUGGGGAGAGAUCUGGGAGAAUGCCGUCUACCUCGUGUGCAACUACUCACCAAAGGGAAACUGGAUCGGAGAGGCUCCUUACCAGCAUGGACGCCCAUGUUCGCAGUGCCCCCCCAGCUAUGGAGGAGGAUGCAGAGACAACCUUUGCUACAAGGGAGACCCUGAACGUCCCGAGACUCCAGAUAUGAAUGAGGUGGAGAAGGCCCAGGUGCCACUGCAGCCUCGGACCACCGCAUCCAAGCCUGUGCCCAAGCCUAAACCCAAGCCUGCUGCUCCCAAGAAGCCCUCAUCACCCAAGGCCACUCGUACCAAUUUCCUUGCUCAAAAUAUCAAGUGUGAGACCAAAAUGAGGGAUAAGUGCAAAGGAGCAACCUGCAGCAGAUACAACUGCCCAGCCAACUGCCUGUACAGCAAAGCGAAGGUGUGGGGCACAUUGUACUUCGAUGUGCAAUCCAGUAUUUGUCGUGCUGCAAUCCACUACGGGGCCAUCGACAACAAUGGUGGUCUGGUGGAUAUCGUAAGGAAAGACAGCUUUCCCUUUUUUGUUAGAUCAACAAAGAAUGGCGUCGAGUCUUUAAGUAAAUAUAAACCUGGCAAUGCAUUUUCUGUGAUGAAAGUGGAGAUAAAGUCAGUGGACUGUUACUCCACUGUUGCUGAGCUUUGCCCAUUCACAGACUCUUUCUCCUACUGCCCAAGGGUCUACUGCCCGGCUAACUGCAAGAAUGAGCCUUCAUACUGGGCUCCAGUGUUUGGCACCAACAUUUACGCUGAUAGCUCCAGUAUCUGCCGGGCAGCUAUCCACGCUGGAGUGAUCAAAGCCACCGGAGGCUAUGUAGACGUCUUGGCUCUGGAUAAGAGGAAGAGCUACGCUGGCAGUCUGAAGAAUGGCAUUCAGUCUGAGAGCAAAACCCAGGCAGAGGGAGGCGCCUUCCGUGUCUUCACCGUCCGAGAGUGAGCUCACAUGCGCAGGGCUUACCGUGGACUGCUCCAGGGGCACACAGGGUCCCCAUCCAAUCUGGAAGGACAGAACGUGUCAAUCUAUUUAGUACCUUGGCCACCUCUUCCAACAUUUUAUCUCAGUCUGAGAGGGAGUGGAACCACACCUAACAGCUGGACCUUCUCCUCAGCCAACGAACGUCUCCUUCUUACUGUCAGCUGGUUAAACAAGGGAGGCUUCAGUGCCUUCCUGUUUAUGCGUUUUCUUAAUGCCACCCACAGUAUAUAGAAAUAUGGAUUGUGGCAACAAAGGACAAUAUAACAGCAGUGCUGUUUUUUUUUUUACUUUUACACAUGAUUUCCAAUUAAGUCCAAGUAUUUUUUGUAAUAUCUUUUUUCAUUUUUAAGUACCAGAAAUCUUUGAUCUCAUACACCGGAAUGUAUAUUGGUUACACUGUAUUUAAUCAUUUUGUACAGAUCUUUUUAUUCAGUGAUUUUGUCUGAUUUCGUUAGCCGUUUCUUUUGUUUCACGUUCCAGUUUGGCUUCAAGUCGUUUCUACGUUUUUAUGACCCUGCUGUGUUUAUGUAGUGGAGGGUGGCAUGCGGUGGUGGUCCGUGUCUGGGCAAAUGUAUAUUACGUGGGCUUUGUUCUUGUGGGCAGAGAAGCCUUCAGAAGAUAGACAGAUGCUCUGCGUAGGAACGAGAAAGGAGGGUGGUGGGGGGAAAGGCUUCUGUCCAAUGUAAAGAGACCUUUCCUGUAGAAUGCUUCUGAGCCUUCCAGUAUCAAUAAUGUGCUGGAGUUUCAGGGAAGGUGCAAAAACAUUGAAGCGGCUUUUAGUCCUAAACGAAGUCAGAGGCACUGAGUGCACGUAGAAGCAGGACCUUCACAAUGAUUGCAUGGCUGCUUUCAUAGUCCAGACACUUGCUGGACAACUUACUGUUUCCUUUUUUUUCCGAUUCUAAUAUGGAAUCUAAUACUGGAUCUAUGAGAUGGGCCCACCUGAGACAUUUGAAUGUCCACUACAAUAUAAACUUUUCUCAUUUGGUAACGUGGCCCAGAGGCACACUUGACUGCCAAGAGCACUUUCGUCAGUUUAGCUUAGCUUUGAGUUCUUGCAUUUGGGAAUGAUUUGGAAAAUACACAGAUCCUGUAGAACAUGGAUCUGUAUAAACCACUCUUCCACAGCAGUGUAAUAAAAAGAUACUUAACACAAAGGCAUGCAGGGAAAGGGACGCUGGCUAUCUCGAGUCUUCCUUUUCAUAUGAUGUAUUUCUUAGCGAGAUUAUGUUACAGUCAUAACCAAGGAUUUGGCGUCUAUGUCAGCGUAGCUUUCUAUCCCUCCUUAAAGCUGUACAACAGUGCAGUUUAACUACCACUUACAAAGCCUUCCAUCUAGCUACUUUUUACUCUCUCUCUCUCUUUCUCUCUCUCUCUCUCUCUCUCUCUCUCACUGUCUCUCUCUUCAUGGGCUACCUCAGUCUCGCUGCAGCAUUAGGUUAAAGUACAUGGGAUGUUUAGGGAAAUCAUAACUGUCUGUACAGCUUUUCCAAAUGUUUUGUGUAAAUAUUUUGAUUUAUUAUUUCAUUCUGAAAUAGUUGUGCAUAUAACGGUAUGUUUUUAUGAAGGUGUAUGUUUUUUGUGUCCUUUUUACUGUAUAAAUUCUCUAUUAUUAAAAUGUUUUACGCGUACCGUAUGAAAAAAAAUGAAAAGCUGCAAAUGUAUAUUUCUCUUCACAAAAGCUGCAGCAGUGCCUUAGACAUGAUUUACACAAAGGGCUCCGAGGUUUGUCGCACCCCAGUCAUUUGACUUGGCAUAAAACGCAGGCGGUGAAGGUUGUUUUUGCACAAAAUUGAAAAUAAAGUUUACGAUAUUACCAUGGUUGAUUG